UAAGAUCGGUUUAUCAAACUUAAAAGAUAUUGCGUUAUUUUUCUUGGAAAUUAUGUUUCGGCAGCAUAAUUUCCUGAGACAGACUUAUCAGUAUGCGUGGUAUUAACGUAUCGGAAUUUGGUGGGCCAAAUGUUUUAAAACUUGUUCACAAUUUACCAAUACCUGUGCCUUUAAGUAAACAGAUACUAGUAAAUGUAAAAGCGGCUGGAGUUAAUCCUGUUGAUACAUAUAUUAGACAAGGUAACCAUCCUCUUAGCCCUAUUUUACCAUAUAUACCAGGAAAAGAUGGUGCAGGAGUUGUACAUCAGAUUGGCAGUGAUGUAAAAAACUUCAAAAAAGGAGAUUCUAUUUGGUUUUGUGGCAGUGUUACUGGAUCAUAUGCUGAGUACUGUCUUUGUAAUGAAGAAGACGCUUCACACUUACCAGAAAAAAUGACAUUUGAUGAAGGAGCGAUGCUUGGUACACCUUAUCUAACAGCUUCAAGAGCUUUAUUUCAAAAAGCUCAUGUAAAAGAAGGCAUGAAAGUUAUGGUUCAUGGUGCAACUGGAGGAGUUGGAACAGCAGCCGUACAAAUAUGCCAGUCAUUGGGAAUUAAAGUGGUCGCAACUGCAGGCUCUGCCCAUGGAAUUGACUUGCUAAAAUCACAAGGUGUUGACAGUAUUUACAACCAUCAUGAGGAAGGCUAUGUAGAAGAUAUUAUAAAGCAUGAAGGACACAUUGAUGUCAUCUUAGAAAUGCUUGCUAAUGUAAAUUUGAGUAAAGAUUUAAGCAUCAUUGGUGCUGGCGGAACUAUUGUGAUAAUUGGUAGCCGUGGUCCGGUUACUAUAGUUCCUCGUGCAAUUAUGUCUUCAGAAUGUGUUGUCACUGGUGUUAUGCUUUUUAAAAGUACGGAUGACGAAAAAAAAGAUAAUUUUAGUAUUGUAAAUAAAGGAAUUAAAGAUAACUGGUUGAAGCCUGUGUUAUGGAAAACAUACGAUUUAGAGUUUGCUAAAGAUUCUCAUAAAGAGAUCAUUGAAAAUAAUGGUGCUCGUGGACAAAUUAUUUUAAAGAUAAAUUAAUCAUGUAGCAA